CCCCUGGAGGAGGGCGGCAGCGGCGCCUCGGCCGCCCCCGACGACGAGGAGCUGCCUAACGAAAAUGGAGGGAGCUACGACGCCGUUCACGAUGCAUCCAGCCCUGCUGCGGGCGACUGCUGUGCGCAGCAAAGCUCUGCCCAGCACAACUGGGAGAUGAACUACCAAGAGGCAGCAAUCUACCUCCAGGAAGGAGAAAAUAAUGACAAGUUCUUCACGCACCCCAAGAAUGCCAAAGCGCUCGCUGCCUACCUCUUUGCACACAACCACCUUUUCUACCUAAUGGAGCUGAGCACAGCGCUGCUGCUGCUGCUGCUGUCCCUCUGCGAGGCGCCCGCGGUCCCCAUGCUCCGCCUGGGCAUCUACGUCCAUGCAACCCUGGAGCUGUUUGCAUUAAUCGUGGUGGUCUUUGAGCUCUCCAUGAAGAUGCGGUGGUUGGGCUUCCACACCUUUAUCAGGCACAAAAGGACCAUGGUGAAGACUUGCGUGCUAUUUGUGCAGUUCAUAGAGGCCAUCGUGGUGUUGGUGCGCCAGACCUCACACGUGCGGAUAACCAGAGCCCUGCGCUGUAUUUUCCUGGUGGACUGUCGUUACUGCGGCGCGGUCAGAAGAAAUCUACGACAGAUCUUCCAGUCCCUCCCCCCAUUUAUUGAUAUUCUCCUGCUCCUGCUUUUCUUCAUGGUGAUCUUCGCCAUCCUGGGUUUUUAUUUGUUUUCUCCUAACCACUCAGAUCCUUAUUUCAGUACUUUAGAGAAUAGCCUUGUGAACCUCUUCGUUCUUUUGACCACUUCCAACUUCCCUGAUGUGAUGAUGCCAUCCUAUGCCCGGAACCCCUGGUCCUGUGUCUUCUUCAUAGUGUAUCUCUCCAUUGAGCUGUACUUCAUAAUGAACUUGCUUCUGGCCGUUGUGUUCGACACCUUCAACGACAUCGAGAAGAGGAAGUUCAAGUCGCUGCUGCUGCACAAGCGCGCGGCCAUCCAGCACGCCUACCGCCUGCUCAUAACCAAGCAGAGGCCGACUGGAGUUUCCUUCAAGCACUUUGAAGGGCUGCUGCGGUUCUACAAGCCUCGGAUGUGUGCCAGAGAGCGGUAUCUCACUUUCAAAGCACUGAAUCAAAGCAAUACUCCUUUAGUCAGCCUAAAGGAUUUUUACAAUUUCUAUGAAGUUGUUGGCUUAAAAUGGAAGGCAAAACGAAAUCGUGAGCACUGGUUUGAUGACCUUCCACGGACAGCAUUCCUUAUUUUUAAAGGCAUCAACAUCCUUGUGAAGUCACGAGUGUUCCAGUACAUCAUGUAUACUGUGGUGGCUGUGAAUGGAAUUUGGAUUCUUGUUGAAACCUUCAUGCUGCAAGGAGGGAAUUUCUUCUCCAGAAACGUCCCAUGGAGCUACAUAGUCUUCCUCACAAUCUAUGGCGUGGAGCUGCUCCUGAAAACCACUGGCCUGGGGCCUGUUGAGUACCUGUCUUCGGGGUGGAAUCUCUUUGACUUCGCAGUCACCCUCUUUGCAUUUCUGGGGCUCCUGGCACUGGCAUUUAACAUGGAGCCGUUCUACUUCAUUGUGGUCUUGCGACCUCUUCAGCUGCUGAGGCUCUUUAAAUUGAAGAAGCGUUACAGAAAUGUCCUGGACACCAUGUUUGAGUUGUUUCCCCGUAUGGCCAGCCUGGGUUUAACCCUGCUGAUCUUCUAUUAUUGCUUUGCCAUCGUUGGCAUGGAAUUCUUCGCUGGUGUGGUCUACCCGAACUGCUGCAAUACAAGCACAGUGGCAGAUUCUUACCGCUGGGUGAACCAUACCAUUGGCAACAAGACAGUUGUGGAAGAAGGCUAUUACUAUCUCAACAACUUUGACAACAUUUUGAACAGCUUUGUCACGCUGUUUGAGUUGACAGUCGUCAACGACUGGUACAUCAUCAUGGAAGGGGUGACCUCACAAACCACUCACUGGAGCCGUCUUUACUUCAUGAUCUUCUAUAUCGUGACCAUGGUGGUGAUGACGAUCAUAGUGGCCUUUAUUCUGGAGGCUUUCGUCUUUCGCAUGAACUACACACGGAAGAACCAGGAUUCGGAAGAAGACAACGGCAUCAUGCUGGAGAAGGAGAUAUCCAAGGAGGAAGUGAUUGGGAUAAUAGAGCUGUACAAGCGGAGUUCAGCUGCCACUGAGACGUCUCAGCUGCAGAAGAUUGUUUUGCAGAUGGACAAAUAUGGGCAAAUGUCAACACUGUUUCUGGGACGCAGAUCGAGAACCAAGAGUGAUUUAAGUAUGAAGAUGUAUGAGGAGGAGAUACAGGAGUGGUACGAGGAACACGCCAGGAAAGAAGAGACUCAGACACCGUCGCAAGAAUCUGCACCUGCUUCCAACAAUUUUCUGAAGCCCUCGAGCCUUCGGCAACGCUCCCAGACUGUCAUUUAGGCCUAGCUAAUGCAAGCCACCCUCUAUGCAAUAACCUAGAGUAUUACUUCACAGCGUAUAUAUUGGAUGGUGUAUAUAGGUCUGUUCAUCGUCCUGGUUGGCUUUAGGGUUUAAAUCUCUUCUUCAAGGCAGUGAAUUGUGGA